AUGUCGAAUCUAGGACUCAUCGCUGAAGGUGCUGCUGGUGUGAUAGGGUUUCGCUCUGAAUUCUUGAAUCAACAGCAGAUUGAUAAGAUGAAGGGCUUGAUUACACGCAAUUGGUUUCCCUGGAUCAUUGCAAUGCUUGGCUUGUUCGAAGCCAGCCAGCUGGUGGAAGGUAUGGAAGCAUGGAAUGAUCCUUUGAGGUUCUAUCCCCGUCCCAUCUCGACCAAAAUGAAGUUCUGGUUCUUCAACGUGACCAAUCCCCAGGAAUUCAUGGAUGGAAAUGGACCUUUGAACCUGGUGGAAAUCGGUCCCUAUGUAUUCCGAGAGGUACUUGAGAAGAAUGUGACCGGGACGUUUGGUAAUGGGACAGUGGAAUACUACGAGACGAAGACGUUCUUCUUCGUGGAGGAGGAGUCGGUGGGAAAUCAAAGCGAGUUGAUAACGACAAUCAACGCUCCUGUACUCGGUUUUAUUGCCGGAUUGGUGAAAUUAGACAAUCCGAUCAUGAAUAUAGUCUUGCCGCUAUUAGAGGAGAUCAUAAUGCAUUACCCGGAGGGAAGAGCGUUUGUCACAAAGACAGUGGAGGAAUUGCUUUUCAAAGGCUACUAUCUGCCGUUCAUUGAAGACGUGGCUUCUUUCUUAAUAAUGAAUUUAACAUUAUCUGAAGAAUUCGUUCAAGAUAUCCUGAGUCAGCUACUACCACCCGAUAUGUGGGACUUCCAUUUUGCAUUCUAUCGAGAUAUCGCGAGGAAUGGGACGGUGGACGGGCCCUACCUUGUUGGAACAGGAGAAGACGAUCCCUCCGAUUUUGGAAGGAUUCAUCUCUGGCACGGAGAAUCCAUGCACUACAUGGAGCCUUGGAGUUCGGAGGAGUGCAAUGCCAUCAACGGCACUGACGGAACUGUCUUCCCUCCAUUCGUUGACACGGAGACCCUUCUCUACACUUUUGGAAACAUGGAGCAUGGAAGUGUUUGGGAUUUCGGGCAACGCAUCAAUAAGCACCACGAGAUUGAGUGCAACUUUCUUUCUCCUGCAGAUCCGUUCACUUCAGAUAUGAGAAACACACGGAAGUCGGAGGCAUUUCUGGAUAUCGUUUCGUUCUUCACCCUGACUCUGUUGCAUCUGCAGAAGUUCGUCCGGAGAACGAAUGCUUUUGUAUCGACGACGAAUGCCUCGGAGCUGGCCUUCUCGAUGUCGCUCAAUGUUCUUACGAGAACUGGAUUCCUACUCCGAGCUAGGAAGAGACUGCAGACGAAUGUGAAAGUACGACCGUUUGAGGAUUAUGACACAUUCAAGAACAUUCCUGAAAUGGAAAUUCCUGUUUUCUGGGCCGAAGAGGGAAACAUGGAGCAUGGAAGUGUUUGGGAUUUCGGGCAACGCAUCAAUAAGCACCACGAGAUUGAGUGCAACUUUCUUUCUCCUGCAGAUCCGUUCACUUCAGAUAUGAGAAACACACGGAAGUCGGAGGCAUUUCUGGAUAUCGUUUCGUGCUUCACCCUGACUCUGUUGCAUCUGCAGAAGUUCGUCCGGAGAACGAAUGCUUUUGCAUCGAAGACGAAUGCCUCGGAGCUGGCCUUCUCGAUGUCGCUCAAUGUUCUUACGGUAACCGGGAAACAGUUCAUCAUGUCCUCUCCUCAUUUCUACGUACCGGAAGGAGCUGGAGACAAUGGAUUCAAUGCGUCCCUCAUCCAUGGAAUCGCACCCCUCAAGGACUUACACGAAAACUUCAUCGACAUCGAACCGAGAACUGGAUUCCUACUCCGAGUUAGGAAGAGACUGCAGACGAAUGUGAAAGUACGACCGUUUGAGGAUUAUGACACAUUCAAGAACAUUCCAGAAAUGGAAAUUCCUGUUUUCUGGGCCGAAGAGAGUACCGAAGAGGACCAAGGAAAGGAACGGAGGCGCAGACCCAGACCACCCAGCGGCGGCGGAGGUGGAAUUGGAAACGGCGCAAUCUCUCGAGAAGUGGGCAUAGGGGUCGGUUGUGCGGUUCUAGGUCUCACGCUCCUGGCCUCGGCUACUUACUGUUAUUGUAAGCGCAAGCAUAGGACGUGAGAGUUUACUCACAUUAUAGGAUGUACAGUCAAGGAAAUUCAUUUCGCUUAAAUUCCUUGAUAUCUUGAAGAUGCUCAUCGCAUUCUCAUAUGAGCCACAAUAAACUCCAUGGCUAAUCUACAGUACAUUGCACAAUAGUGCCUAUUUCAUGACUAGUUUCUAGUGUCCCAUUCAGUCAUCCUAUUGAUGCAACGGGGGAAUUUAAGUUAUAGCAUGAAACACUUUAUGGUAAAACCCUUUCUCAGUUACUUUCGCUCAGUCUCCAGGUCUCAAGAUCUGGCUGAGAUUUUAAGGGAGCACGAUAUUUAAUCAUAAAUUGUAUUUCAAGUGAUUUUGAAAAUAAAU